AUGGCUUUUUUAAGUCAGAGAUCCGUUUAUGAUGAGGGUCCUGAGUUCCUCCGGGACGUAUGGGCUCUUGCAGGGGUCGCUAUUUUGAUCUUUGUCUUAAGGAUCGUGGCCAAAUUCAGGAUCAGGAAACUUGGCCUUGAUGAUUUUCUGAUGGGUUGUGCAUUGUGUUUAGCUUUGGUAGGAUGUGCGCUCAUCACGGUUGGCGUCCACUAUGGAUUCGGCCAGAAAGUGGGCGAUCUAAGCGAAGAAGCGGCCUCCAAAGUCAUCAUGUUCGAUUAUCUGGCACAGACAUUCGGUCUAGCAGCGGGCGCAUUUGGUCGGAUAUCGUUCAUCGUGUUCAUCCUUGGCCUUCUUACAUCCCGGUUGUGGCAGCAGGUGGUCCUCUGGAUUCUUGUGGCGCUCCAAAUCACAGUAAACGCCGUCUUCAUCGUUAUACUAUUCGUCCAAUGUCCAGGGCACCAGUCGGCAAUAUGGCAACAUUCCGACAAGGAAAAGUGCUGGAGUACCCAUGUACAAGCUGAUUAUGGAUAUGUUCAAGGGGGGUUCAACGCAGCAACCGAUCUCUAUCUAGCACUGUUCUCCACCGUCAUAUUUUGGCGCCUCAAUCUCAAAGUGCGAGUGAAGCUUGGGCUAGUGGCUCUUUUAGGCCUGGGGCUUUUUGCAAUGGCCGCAGCUAUCAUCAAGACAGUGCAAACGCGCAUCCUUGCGACCCCGGAUACCGACCCUACCAUUGCGACGGUAAACUACGACCGAUGGCUCUUCAUCGAAACCUAUUUAGUGAUAAUUACGGCAUCGAUUCCGAAUAUCAGAUCUUUACUUAAGUCGAGAAAGAGCAAAGGAUCCACCCAGCACACCCAUGAGCUGAGUUCUCGGUAUGCAUCUGGGUCGAGGCACUCAGGAAGAAUUAGGGGCCGGGUCUCUUCGAUCGACGGGAAACGGAUGGUCAACGCCGACGAGACUGCAAGUGACGAUGAGACAUGGCGAAGAGAUGAGCAUGACUCGACGUACGAGUCGCAGUGCUCCAGAGAAUCUGUUAUAAUAUGUGUCUGA